AAAAGCAGAAGUUGGUGUUACAAACAGACUUAACAUAACUCAGGAAAAAACAACUUCUCUCAUGUAUGCCCUGUGGUUCAAAUACAAUACUCUUCUCUGUCUACGAGUCACAAAAAACCAAACAGAAAGACUGUAAGGAUGGCAGAGGACGAGGUUAACUACUCAUCAGUUGUAUUUAAACCUAGCCAACAACAAAGAUCAGAAGUUAAAAAGGAGGAAACAGUGUAUGAUGAAGUAAAGGUGCAAAAUAAGGCAACAGAACAAACUCCUGUCACAAAUGCUUCUGCAGAAUUCUUGCCCGACAAGAAAUCAAACCGGAGAUGUCGCCACUAUCAGCAGUUGGCUUGUUGUUUGGGCACGCUUUGUAUAAUUUUGGCAUUGGGCAUCAUAGCAGUCAGUGUCUACCAUGUCACAUUAAUUUAUGAGACUGAUGAAACUGAGCUGAACCAACUGAAAGAAAACCAAACAACUUUAAAUGCUGUCAAUCAUAACCUGACAAAACUCAACAACCAACUCAGCUCAGACAAUGAAGACUUGAAGAGGAACCAAAGCAAGCUCACACUCCAGAUGAACAACCUGACUCAAGUCUUUAAUGUCUUAGAUAAAGAGGUGACAAACCUGACUGCAGAAAACCAGAAACUUAAAGGGAAAAAUGAGGAGCUGAAGACUCAGAAUGAGGACCUGGAGGCAGAGAAGAAAAACCUAACAGAACAAACGCAACAGAUGACGACACCAUGGGAUGAGCUCAAUGUUAGUCGAGCUCAGUGGAGCAUUGAUGCCUACUGUCCCCGAGAAAAUAACAACAGAAAGUGUAACGCUUGUCAGAAGGGCUGGGAAUUAAAUUCCAGCUGCUAUGCAACUAAUAAUACUGACCAAGGUGAAUGGAAAACCUGGGAAGAAGCUCGAAAAGACUGCAGAGGAAAGAUUUCAGAUUUGGCUGUUGCAAUUAAUGAAGAAGAAAUGAAAAUUAUUCGUGAAAAGAGUUGGAAAAAUAAUGAAAACAAAGGAUACUGGAUUGGCCUGAGAGUUGAAGAUGGGAAAUGGAAGUGGCUGGAUGGAAGGAAUCUGACUAAUAACUCCUGGAUCGACCAGUCAUCUCCUUCUGAUGGUCACUGUGCAAUCUCUCUCCAAAACCAAGGAUUUAAAUCAGUCAGCUGUGAUGAGAAGAACCAAUGGAUCUGCAAGAAGAAAGCUUUGUCUGUUUGAAUGCUGCAAAGUAAAUACUUCAGAAGACUACUGGAUAUUCAGAAACUACUAUAUUAAUAUUGAUGUUAAUAUCAAUAAAAAAAAUUAAUGUAAUUUAUAAAUAGAAUAUUAAAAUGUGAAGACUGAUUUAUGAUUUUUGUAUAGUUUUAAUGCCAAGACAAUCUUGCGGGUCCUUGUUUUCAGUUACCGUCUGUAACCUUGUUAAAAUGUGCUUGAUUCCUAAAAUUAAUUCUGAAAAACGAGUUGACGUUUUACCGAAGCACAUCUGAUCUAUUAAAAGCCUGGAGGUUAUAAAUAAAUGGUUUAACAUGUGACCCAUCUGCAAUUGAGCAGGUAACAACCCAGAACCAAAGAACCAAGGUCACCCACAGUAAUAACAGACACAAGCAUUGAUUCAAUAAAUGUCCUCACAUCUAACCAAACACAAUAUCAUACCUCUCACUGUAUCAUACACAUGCCUGUAUGUGUAGACUAGGCUCAAGAAAGUGAGAUAGGAUGGGAAUAAUGGAAAUUCUUUUCAAACAUAAAAUCAUAGAAAAAAUAUUGUUUAUUGAGGUGCAUGUGAAUUUACUAUGUUUUUUUAUAGAAAAAAAGAGCAGCCACCUCCAGUGUCUAAUUUAAUCUCUCCAAAAGUUGAUUCUGUUCAUCUCGACAAAUUUAAUCUAAUCUAAUCUAAUUCCUUGAAUUAUAGUUUUAUGAAUUCUUUUCUUCCAUUGCAGUGUUUGUUUUUGCAGCUGACAAAACAGCAGCAACUGAACAUGUUAACAUGUGAAUUCAAUUAAUGCUAAGAGGAAUUAAAGCACUUUUGAAAGCAUACGAGGGUCCAAACCAGUUAAGGUAGAUGAGUGAUUCCAAAAAGUGUGGGCCGGGGCCCCUUGGUGGGCUUCCAAAGUACUGCAGAUGGGCCACAGUAAAAAAAGAAAUUCAGUUUGAAAUAACUCACAAGCAUGUACAGUUAUAGAUUUAUAUACAUUUAUUUAUUUAUGUAAAAGUAAAUUAAAACUGCUAAUAUCAGGUGUUUGGUUUAUGAUGUUACUCAUUAUUCUGACCUAAAUUUAAUGUUCUUUCAUUGAAGUUUGUGUGAUAUGGCUAGAUAACAUUAACAACUGAUAACCAACAGCCUGUGUUGUUUAUGUUUUUGAAUAAACUUUUCAGGAAAAUACAUCA